UGCGGAUGGCAGUGCACAGGUCAGAAUGCCCCAAGAAUGUGCUGGGACAUUCUCCUGUUGCCAUGACGACGGCAGAGCCACUUGGGUUUUGAGGGAGGAAGGCGCAAGGCCAGGAGGUCCCAUGGGGGACCACAGGCCGAGUUUGACCAGCAACAACCAUGUCGCUGAGGCUGCGAGUGAGGCAGAAAUGAAACAGGACCGUGAUGUCCUGGGCUUCCAGGACUCCGCCAACGAGAGCCAGGGGGCCCUGGACCCCAAGUACCAGGACCCCGACGAUGCUGCGCUGGGACUGGGGGACAACGAGGAGGACAUUCCCCUAGAGGAGGUGGCCGGAGAGGAAGUCCUCCAGGGCCAGGAGGCGGAGGAGGCACUUUCCAAUCUGGAGAGGGUCCUGCAGAAAGACGUGGAGGAGGACGAGGACGUUCCUGAAGUGAGCCGGCUGUCCAUCAGCCACGAGUGGCCAGUGCCCAGAGGGAGGAAGAAGAGGAGGGUCUUCGAUUUGGCAAGACCCAAGACCAACUGGCAAGUCUUGAAAGACAGGGUGGGCUGCUGCCAGGGCUAUGCCUGGAUUUCCCCUUGCAACAUGACCUUGCACUUCUCCCUCUAUUGGCCAUCUGUAUACUGGACAGAGAGGUUUCUCCAGGAUACCACCUUAUCUAUCACAGUGCCAGUGGUGUCCCCUCGUGUGGAAGAGCUGGCUCGACCUAAAAGGUUCUACUCAGAGUAUUACAACAACAACAGGACCACUCCCAUCUGGCCCAUCCCUCGGUCUACCUUGGAAUACCAACCAUCUAGUCGCUUGAAGGAACUGGCCGCCCCUAGGAUCCGGAAUAACAUUUGGAGUAUAAACAUGUCUGAGGUGUCUCAGGUAUCCCGGGCAGCCCAGAUGGCUAUCCCCAGCCCACGGAUCCUCCACUUGGCAAAGCCCAGGCCCCCAGCCACCCUGUUGGAAGAGUGGGACCCCAUGCCGAAACCCAAGCCACACGUGUCAGACUAUAACCGCCUCCUUCAUUUGGCCAUGCCCAAGGCCCAAUCAGACAAGUGUGUCCCCGACCGAGACCCACGCUGGGAGGUGCUGGAGGUCACCAAGAAGGCAGUGGCCAGUCCCCGGAUCAUCUCCCUGGCCAAGCCGAAGGUGCGCAAGGACCUCAAUGAGGGCUAUGACAGGCAUCCUCUCGCCUCUAUGAGCUUGCCACCCCCAAGAAUGUCACCAAAAAAGCGUGACCAGCUGGGCGCUGGCCGAGGUCAGGCCGGGGGACCCGGGCCCGCGCGCAGCGAGGCCCCGGCGGUGGGCAGGCGGCGCCCCGGGUUCCCCGCCCGCGCGCGCACCUACUACGCGCCGGCCCGCGCCGGUCCCGCCCCCGCGGGCUGCAGCCAAUGA